AUUAUAAUAUUAAGCUCUAAAUCGUAAACUCUAAACAUAUUGCAAAAACGCUGAAUAACAUAGAAAAAUUAAGAAAAAUCGAAUGUUGCUAAUAUGCAUUGGUGAAAAUUUUAGAACGGAUACAAGUGAAUUUGCAUUCACAAAUGCUAUUUUUGAGAUCAAGACAAUUACAGGGGAAGGAACACUGAUUUAUAAACAUUACACAACGAUUCGACAGCUGUUUUGUAUCCAGAGUACUUUCAUGUCGGUCGAAAAACGUGCAACUGCAUCAAAGUUCCAGAUAUGUUUGCAUCUGAAAAACUCACGUUAACGUCUAAGAAACCUCAAGAGCAAUGCUCGAAAGUCGCGCCUAGGAAACCUGUAAAGGGUUGCUAUUGUCAUUCCGAGGCGAGCAAGACGCACGCAAGAUCGUUGCGUCGCAAACCCGCGUCGCCCUGCCGUCAUUGUCGAAGCGAGCUCGAGCUCAGACCCGUCGAAAAGGUUGACGACAAAACGGCGCCAGCCGCGCCGAUCAGCUGCGAGACGCUCAGAAGAGUUUGGAAAAUCGACUACGCGCCCAGAUCUCAAUUCCUUCGGAAUGUGCAGAGCAAGCUCUGUGAGUUACGGACCGCGGAUCGGGGAAGCUGUCCGCGAACGUGUCCGCGAUCGUCCGAUUAUCACCAAAUUAUGACAAGCGCGAGGAUGCAGGAUACCAUUGCCGAUGGGAGAACGGUAUUGCAAGCGGAUAAAUGCAAGUGCAUUGACGAGAGGCGAAGAUCUCCGAAGGCGUCCACGAAUUCACUAGGAGCGAGCGAACAAAGCCGGUCCGACGACGUCGUCUGCGCUUCGAGCAAAAGAGCUCAAGUGUCUCCGCGAAAGUUGUCAAAGUCAACAUUACGAAAGACUAUCAGAUCCAGGAGGCCGAUAUCGGAGUCCAGCGAAAGAUCCGCGUCGAAAUCGCCAACGCGAAGAACGACGCGGUUGCGCAACCAAGAUUGUCCUUGUUGCUAUAGAAGCGAGCUCGAGAGGAAGACCGCGAAGCUCGGCGGUGAUAAGCGUGCGGAGAGACGCGAUUUACCGAGGUAUUGCGAGCGAAGGGAACAAUGCUCGCGGCACGUCGAUGGCCCCGAGGAUUCCGUGGAUCAGGAAGUGGAGGACCUGAAGAAGUUCCGAGAGCAAAAUUAUUUCGAGACGCACGGCUCGAGCCACACCUUGACAUCGUCCGGAUCGUCGGGAUCGUUGCAGCAAUAUCUGCUGAACGAGCGAUUGUUUCCGGAGCCGGUGAGCAGAAUUCACAGGCAGGAUCUGGUGGUGACGAUGCCGCCGUGCGCGACGACGCAGAGGAAGCGCGUCCAUUACUUUCCCAGAUACGUGGUGCGGCAAGAGAGGAGUGCCGGCUGCAAUACCAAUUACAGACGUAAACGAUGCCAGAGCUGUCCUCUCACCGGGCACGCUGUUGAUCUCGGUGUCCUGAAGGCUAGACCGCCGUUAAAUAGCCUGGCACUCAAGUAUCAGAAAAGAGCUGCUUGACGAGGUCGAAGUAAUAUAUGAUGUUCUCAAACCUUGAUUUU